CAUUCCGCACCGUUGUUGAGUGUUGCUGAGGGCAGGCAUUACUAGACGAGCGUAGAUCCGAAUCAUCCAUUGACUAACCGUACUCGACUGGUAUUCCUUGUUUUCGUACCACAUGGCAUUACUGCACGAGAGACGUUCGUGUUAUGAAGGAACAGAUUAACUAGGUAGCCAUAUAUCAGAUUUCUAUUGCUUUGGGUACGUUGGGGAUUUAACAAAAUGUCGCAAUUACAAGCGAGGUUCUUCACGGAAAAUAAAAGGUAUGUUGUAGAUGAUGUCCCAUUCUCCAUCCCUGCUGCCUCUGAAGUGCUGGAACUCAGCAAUGUCAUCAACAAGCUACUGGAGGCAAAAAAUGCAUCUCACAGCAAAGUGGAGUUCGACUUCCUGGUCAGGGGUCAGUUCCUGCGAACGUCACUGGCCACUCACAUGGAAACAGAAGGCAUAUCAACGGAAGAUGUGGUGGAGAUAGAGUAUGUAGAGCGAAUCACAGCACCAGAGGCCGAGGAGUGCAUGAUGCACGAUGACUGGAUUAGCUCCGUGGAUGCGGACGCUGAGUGGAUCCUCACAGGGUCAUAUGACAAGACAGCCCGGAUCUGGUCUGUGGAGGGCAAGGCGGUGAUAACUGUGGCCGGACACACUGAAGUGGUGAAAGACGUGGCUUGGGUGAAAAGAGACGGUCUGACCUCACUGCUGCUCACGGCCUCUCUGGACCAGACCCUCCUGCUGUGGGAGUGGAACUCCGAGCAAAACAUGCUGAAAGCCCGACAUUGCUGCCGGGGACACACGGGAAGCGUUGACACAGUUGCGACGGACCCCACCGGCUCAAAGUUCUGCAGCGGCUCCUGGGACAAAAUGUUGAAGAUCUGGUCGGCAGUGCCCACGGAUGAGGCGGACGAGGUCGGAGAACCCGCCGACAGACCGAGGAAGAAGCAGAAAACUCAACAGCUGGGCCUUACGAGGACCCCCCUGAUGACAUUAUCUGGACACAACGAGGCAGUGUCCUCCGUCCUGUGGUCUGACAGUGAGGAAGUUUGCAGUGCAUCAUGGGACCACACCAUCCGCAUAUGGGACAUUGAGACGGGAGGAUUGAAGACCACGCUGCCGGGCACCAAAGUGUUCAACUGUAUUUCCUACUCCCCUCUGUGUCGCCGGCUGGUCUCCGGCAGCACCGACCGACACAUCAGACUGUGGGACCCUCGUACCAAAGAUGGUUCGCUGGUGCUGCUGUCCCUGACGUCCCAUACCGGCUGGGUCACCGCCGUGAAGUGGGCGCCGUCGCACGAGUACCAGCUGGUCUCCGGUUCCCUUGACAACCUGGUCAAACUGUGGGACACCAGAAGCUGUAAGGCUCCUCUGUAUGACCUGGCAGCCCACGAGGACAAAGUGUUCUGUGUGGACUGGACAGAAAGCGGGCUGAUGUUGAGUGGAGGUGCAGAUAACAAACUGUACACCUACAGAUGCUCGGCCUGUCCGACAGAUGCCGGGGCAUAGGUUGGACGACAAGGACAUAAUGAUGGACAUUAUCAGUGUUGUGACAGGCGACAAAUGCAGGCAGCGACUUGGGAUUUUGUAUGAUGGCAAAUGUUCCACGCUUUCUGAGCUCUUUUCGUUUUUAGCCCCUCUCAAAUUUUACAUAUAUUUUCUUAUGGACUGUCUUUGUCAUCCUGUUACCCAAGAAAAACUAUAAAUUAAUUUUGUCUCUUCUAUUGACCUUUCAUUCAUUAUUGCAAGAUACUUGAUUAGUUCCAUUUUUAGAUGAUGGCAAUAGUGAACUACCCUUAUAGAACGCCAAAAACUCUACAGAAAAAUGUCCAGAAAAGGUUCAAACUUUAUUAAAGAAUUGUAUUAUU